AUGAAGCACCAUCUUAUGGUUGGCACCUGGACCCCGCCAGGCCGCAUCUAUACCGUCGCCUUCGACGAUAAGGCCCUCACGUUGGAAUUGGUCAAGAAGACCGAUAUCCCGGAGGCCGAGCCCAUCUCGUGGAUGACCUUCUCGCACGACAAAAAAGCCAUCUACGGCGCCGCCAUGAAGAAAUGGAACAGCUUCGCCGUGAACAGCCCCACCGACGUUGUUCACCAGGCCUCGCACCCCGUUGCUGGACACGAACUCGCCGCCAGCGCCGACACCAACACGCGCGCCAUCUUCGUCCUCGCCGCCCACAAACCCCCCUACAACGUCUACGGGAACCCGUUCUACAAAUACGCCGGCUACGGCAACGUCUUCUCCGUCGACGCCAACGGCCAGCUAGCCACCAACGUGCAGAACUACCCCUACGAGCCCAACACCGGCAUCCAUGGGAUGGUGUUCGACCCGACAGAAACAUACCUUUACUCGGCGGACCUGCAGGCGAAUAAGAUCUGGACGCACCGCAAGGACGAGCAGGGGCAGCUAACCCUCGUCGAUUGCCUGGAGGCCCCCUCGCCGGACGAUCAUCCGCGGUGGGUGGAGAUGCACCCGAGCGGGAAGUACCUGUACGCGCUGAUGGAGGCGGGGAAUCGCUUGGCGGUUUAUGUGAUCGAUGAGCGCACCCAUGUCCCUGUUUUCACGCAUAUUACGUACCCGUUGCUUCCGGAGGGCCUCCCCCCUCGCAACAAAUACCGCGGCGAUGUGACCUUCACGACGCGCAGCGGGGAAUACCUCUUCGCGACGACGCGUAGCAACCACUUCGACGUUACCGGGUACAUCACGGCAUUCAAGCUAGGCGCCAGCGGCAACAUUGAGCGCCAGCUGUUCAUCCACCCGACGUCGACGAGCGGCGGGCACUCGAACGCGGUCAGCCCGAGCGAUUUCAGCGACGAGUGGCUGGCGCUGUGUGAUGACCAGCUGGGAUUUGUGGAGAUGUAUCGGUUCAAGAACGAGACGCUGUCGCGGGUGGCGCGCGUGGAUAUCCCUGAGAAGGGAUUCGGGAUGAAUGCGAUUUGGUAUAAUUAA